UAUCUGUAAUCAUUUCCAGAUAUAGGGACUUUUUUUUGCUGUGUUAAAUCAAAUACUGUAGCGUGUGUUUUUAUUCCAUCAGGCAGUUCUGAUGAGAGCCGGCAGCUCCAUUGUUGGGGGCUGUCUCGCCAUUUUUUGUAAUGGAGCCGGGUGCACCUGUGGAUCCCAUCAGAAUAACGAGGAGGCAAUCCCAGCAUCACUAAGAGACGCCACCGCCCUGUCAUAGCUCGUGUGAAUCAACAGGUGGCGGUGUGGUCUUCCUCCCAUCGCGUCGGCGCUGGCUUGGGACCGCCAUCCACUCACCGCUCUCCUCGCACUCCCUCGCUGACGCCUCGCUCGAACGGUCACAGCUGGCCAUUAUUUCUGCGGGAGCAUGGCAAAGUACACCUAAUCCUCCACAAGCAAAGACCAUUCUUUGGCGAAUGGAUGCAGCAAAUAAGACAUCGGAAGAUGUCAUCUCCAUGGCGGACUCUUCCUUCACACUGGAGGACAUUGAAGGGGAGCUCCUCAAAAUCGAGAGGAUACGAAACAUCCUGGUGCGCAGAGAAUCCGAGCUGAGAUACAUGAUAGAUGACAUGGAACUGUGUGAGGAAAUUACCAGACUGAAGCGAGAGCUGCAAGGACUGGUCUCCAUUCCAGACGGAGACAAGUCCAAGGAGGACGGCGAGAGGGAGGAGGAGCUUCUGAGGCAGAUCAACAAACUGGUGGAGACCCGAGACUUCCUGGUGGAUGAUGUGGACUUUGAGAGGCUCAGAGAAAGAGAAGAAGAUCUAGAAAUGGCCACCGUCUUGGAGUCCAAAUAUCCAAACACUCCAGGAACAAAAGGUGCUCUGCGAGAUCAGAAGGCGGUUCCCAAAUCUUCUCAUUCCUCGGCACCGCAGAUCACCAAAACUGGACUCACACUCCUGAAGGACUGCUGUGGUGUCACAUGCUCUGUCAUGUGACACGUCUGUCCAUGUUCUCUGUCAUGUGACAUGUCUGUCAACAUGCUCUGUCACGUGACACGUCUGUCAACAUGCUCUGUCAUGUGACACGUCUGUCAACGUGCUCUGUCACGUGACACGUCUGUCAACAUGCUCUGUCACGUGACACGUCUGUCGACAUGCUCUGUCACUUGACACGUCUGUCAACAUGCUCUGUCACGUGACACGUCUGUCAACGUGCUCUGUCACGUGACACGUCUGUCAACAUGCUCUGUCAUGUGACAUGUCUGUCGACAUGCUCUGUCACGUGACACGUCUGUCAACAUGCUCUGUCAUGUGACAUGUCUGUCAACAUGCUCUGUCACGUGACACGUCUGUCGACAUGCUCUGUCACUUGACACGUCUGUCA